GAGUCGCUCUCCUCGGUGCUGAAAUCGCCGACCGUCGCGAGAAUGUAAACGGCGAUGAGGCCAAACGGAGCACCAUUAAAAACACACACGAAAUGGACGAUGACCUGUUUCAGUUGAGACAACUUCCUGUUGUCCGUUUCCGUCGCACAGGUGAGAGCACACGAUCUGAGGAAGAUGUCGAAAGCAGAGGGCAGGAGGUCAGGCCAGCCGAGCCUGCCGAUCUGGAGUCUGUGGCACUGGCAGAAGACGCUCCUGUGCCUCGAGAGUUUGCUAAUCCUACCGACGACACGUUCAUGGUAGAAGAUGCUGUGGAGGCCAUAGGUUUUGGCACAUUUCAGUGGAAACUUUCCAUCCUCACUGGUUUAUCCUGGAUGGCUGAUGCCAUGGAGAUGAUGAUCCUCAGCAUCUUAGCCCCACAGCUCCACUGUGAAUGGAGACUACCAAGCCUUGAGGUGGCUCUGCUCACAUCGGCGGUGUUCAUUGGGAUGAUGAUCAGCUCUUCUCUUUGGGGAAACAUAUCUGAUAAAUAUGGCAGAAAAAUGGGCUUGACUCUGAGUGUGCUUUGGACCAUGUUCUAUGGCCUCAUGAGUGCAUUUGCACCCAUUUACGGGUGGAUCCUGGUCCUGCGUGCGCUGGUGGGCUUUGGUAUCGGAGGGGCGCCUCAGUCGGUGACUCUGUAUGCUGAGUUUCUUCCUAUGAGAUCCAGAGCCACGUGUAUUUUGCUGAUUGAGAUCUUUUGGGCAAUUGGUACAGUUUUUGAGGUCCUAUUGGCGAUCCUCGUGAUGCCCACUCUGGGCUGGCGCUGGCUGCUCGGCCUUUCCACCAUCCCUCUCUUCAUUUUCGCCUUUCUGUGCUAUUGGCUGCCAGAGAGUGCUCGGUAUGAUGUGCUGACGGGGAAUCAGGAAAAGGCUCUGGCAACUCUGAAACGUAUUGCCACAGAGAACGGCGUCCCCAUGCCUCUGGGGAAACUUAUUGCUGCCAGACAGGAAGAUCGGGGGAAGAUCCGAGACUUAUUUUCGUCACACUUCCGAUGUACCACGGUUCUGCUCUGGUUCAUUUGGUUUGCAAACGCCUUCUCUUACUACGGACUGGUGCUGCUCACUACAGAGUUGUUUCAGGAAGGAGGUGCAUGUGGAAUGCCCAAAGGCGGAAAAAAGGAGCUCAGAUGCAACUUGGAGUGUAAAUAUCUAAAUUCUGAUGACUAUAAAGACCUGCUCUGGACUACAUUGUCUGAAUUCCCAGGCCUGCUGGUCACACUGUGGGCUAUUGAUCGAUUGGGACGGAGAAAGACCAUGGCAUUGUGUUUUCUUGUGUUCUCUCUGUGUAUCAUCCCUCUGUAUGGAUGUGUUGGGAGAGUGUCAAUGACGGUGUUGAUAUUCAUAGCCAGAGCAUUUAUUGCUGGAGGCUUCCAGGCAGCCUAUGUUUAUACUCCAGAGGUUUAUCCAACAGCAACCAGGGCUUUGGGUCUGGGAACAAGCAGUGGGAUGGCCAGAGUUGGUGCCCUCAUCACUCCUUUUGUUGCACAGGUGAUGUUGGAGUCUUCGGUGUACCUGGCCCUCUCUGUGUACUGCUGCUGCUGUCUGUUCGCUGCUGUCGCCUCCUGUGCUCUGCCCAUUGAAACCACAGGUCGGGGUCUGCAGGAGUCUAGCAAUCGUGAGUGGGGACAGGAGAUGGUAGGCCACAAAUCAGAAGAAAUCCCACACUCCAGCUCUGCUUCUCAGAGUUGAGGACAUGCUCACUGUGGUACGAGUUGGAGGCGAGACAAGAUGAGAGGAGAGGAGAAAGCUAAACCAGCUUUCUGCCCUUCUUGUAUGUUUCUCCCAAGAGCCAGGCAGCACCAUUUUUACAUCACAUUUCUGUAUGUAAAGUCUUUAAACACCAUCGGUGUCACAGGGUUGCCACUGUAAAACUACGUACGCACAGGACGAGUUAGAAAGACCAAGCGAUGUUGAGGAUUACCAGAGAUGAUGGUGAAAAUGGGAAAAGUUUCUGAAAAGGGGAAGAUGGAAGGUGUGAAAGUUUUGCAAUUUGUCUUCAUACAGCUACCUUCCUUUGAAAGAGCCUUAAAACAACCUAUUGAGUAGGUGACAAAAACCAUCUUGGAAACCAAUGAGAAAACAGCCUCUGUAGUACACAAAGCAUACUGAAUAUACCAUCUCCAAAGUAUUCUUAGCAAAAAAAAAACAAAAAAAAACAUCAUCUCAUGUACAUGGAAA